UGCCCUCCUACUCCUGCCCCCCAGGCUGGUGUGGGGUUCUCCUUUGUCCGCUGAGCUGCCCAGACCCUACACCCUUCCUUCCUCCCCCGCCUCAGCCCAGCCACGUCCUUGAGCAGUGGCAGGCAGCAUAGGGACGUGCCCUUUGCACGGCCGUAGAAUCCUGAGAAAAAGCAGUGACCAGAGGUGGAAAGGGCAGAGCUGAAGGGACAGGCAAGAAUUUACGUCUCCCAUCUCCUCUGACCCACUCAGCUGCCUCUCAGCGUGUGGAGUUUUCCACACCAGGGGGCCCCCACUCAGUUUCCUCCAAAACCUCCACCCUUCCCUCCCUUUGUUUUCCUGCGUCCUCCCCUUCCUCCUCCCCAUCCCACUCCUUAGGGGAGGGGGGCCACUGGUGGGGGGAAGGAAAUGGGCAUUUGGCAUGGAGUCGGCAGAGGUCUUGGGAGAGGUCAGGAACCCAGGACAUCCCAGUUGCAGAAGGAACAUCGGGACCCAGUCCCCACACAGCCUGCUUUGCCCAGCACCCGCCCCGUGCCAGGCUCAGCAUGGGCCUGCCUUGCUUCACUGCACACUUCUCGUUCCUCAGCCCAGCUUGGGGGGGAUUGGGGCGGAGGCACCUGGGGGAGCACAGAGGAGCCUGACACGGGGAGGAGGAGAUGGGGGACUACACCUCAGAGCAGUGAUGCCCAUGGGACCGCCUGGGUGUAGGACGGGCCCCUUGGACUGAGCCCCAGCCUCACCUGCCAGAAGAGAACCAGAGCUGCCCCAGCCGUGGCCUUGGGGCGGGAACUGAGACCGUCUGUGCUGGGACAGGUGCCCAGCCUCGGUUUGGGGUGGGGACCCAGAGGUUUCUGAUCUCUCAUAAUUAAUAGAGCUGGUGAGAGUUCUGAUAACUCUUUGCUUCUUAGCUUAUCAGAGGAUCAUGUCCUGGGCUUGUGAUUUAGCCCCCUUGAGGCCCCUGAGCAGCAAGAUCAAGCUUUUUGCCGAGAGUCAAAGAUCAUCCCAACAAGGGGGGAAAUUCAAGUUCAGGAAGUUGAAGUUUGGGGGAGAGCAACCUCCUGGUGGCCUCACCCUGGCCCUUGGGCGCCCAGACCCAGUGCAUUCACCAAGUAUCAAGCAAUUCAUACUUGCGGGGAGCUUUGAUCUGUAGUCACAAUUCUUAAUACAACCUAUGAAGUGAGGAGGAGUAGUUCUAGUUCACAGAAUCAGAAACAGGCUCAAGGGGCUCAAACUUCAUGCCCACAUCCCUUUGGUAAAUGAUGGGACCUGGUUUGAAUCCAGGUUGGUUGGAUUCCAGAGCCAUGGGUUUCUCCCAGAUUCCCCAUUCCCUUUUUCAACCUUCAUCUUCCUUGGAGACUCAAUGCCUCAACCCCUAGGUCUUUGAGUUUCUUGAAUUGUUCUCACCAACAUUCAGAGAGGGUGGCUCCGCUCCCUUGAUCCUUCCCCACUGAAAGGUGCAGGGGACCCGUCUGUGGUCAGUCUCCGUCUCUGUCUCUUGUCCCCCUUACUCCAUUCUCUGGCCCCCGAUUAAAGCUGAGUCAGAGGCGGACGCUUCCCCUUGGCUCCCAGUGCCUCCCGUGGGAGCCCUUCCUUGGCGGCAUCCGUUAGUCCCUCCCCGCUGCCGUGCACUCGUCUCACUCCUCUGACCGACCUGCAGGGAAGCGGAGAGACCCGGAGAGAGGGGAGAGACGAGCCAGAGACAGACCUGGGCCAAGGAAGAGGCAGAGGCUGCAGCCUGCCUCCCUCCCUCUCCCCAGCCUGCCUUAACCGCCCUCCUUAGCCAAAGCCCCACCAAGUUCCCCUGGGGCUCAGUCCCUCCCCUUCUCUGGGGCCCCAGGCUCCCCUCGGGGCCUGUGUCCCACCAUGUCGGUGGCUGUGGAGAUCUUCGGCUUCUUCAUGGCAGCCCUGGGGCUGCUGAUGCUCGGGGUGACCCUGACGCACAGCAGCUGGCGAGUGUCCACCGUGCACGGGAAUGUCAUCACCACCAGCACCAUCUUCGAGAACCUCUGGUAUAGCUGUGCCACCGACUCCCUCGGAGUCUACAACUGCUGGGAGUUCCCGUCCAUGCUGGCCCUCUCUGGGUACAUCCAGGCCUGCCGGGCGCUCGUGAUCACCGCCGUCCUCCUGGGCUUCCUGGGCCUCUUCCUAGGCAUGGUGGGGCUGCGCUGCACGAACAUUGGGGGCCUGGAGCCCUACAGGAAAACCAAGCUGGCGGCCACCGCAGGGGCCCUACACAUACUGGCUGGUGUCUGCGGGAUUGUGGCCAUCUCCUGGUACGCCUUCAGCAUCACCCAGGACUUCUUCGACCCCUUGUACCCUGGAACCAAGUACGAGCUGGGCCCCGCCCUCUACCUGGGCUGGAGCGCCUCCCUGCUCGCCAUCCUGGGUGGCAUCUGCCUCUUCUCCAACUGCUGCCGCUCUCGGGACGAGGACCACGGCGCCAGCAUCCGGCCUCCCUACAAGGCCCCAGCGAUGCCCGCCAAAAGCCUCGCUGCCCGCCUGCCCACCUCGGCCUCGGAAGAAGAAGGCGACAGCAGCUUUGGCAAGUACGGGAAAAACGCUUACGUGUAGGAGGCCUGGCCUCCCAUUCCCUUCCCACUGCCCCCAGUGGAGAGGGGUCCCUGUAAACCCGGGGCUGCAGGCGCAGGCCCCUGCUCGGGGUAACAAGCUCAGGGCCAAGCCACGCUUCAGGCUCCGCCCCGUGCCUGGAAGCCGCGCCCAGCUCUGACCUCAGGCCCCGCCUUCCCCGUCGGAGCUCCGCCCCGGUCACGCCUCUUUCGUCUGGCUCCCUGGAUCCUCUCAGGCCAAGAACCCGCUUCCUGAGAACUCACCUCUGGCCCCUGAGGCUGGACCCCUCUUAACCUUCUGAGUCUGGGUUCUGGGCCGUUAAGGGGGCGGAGGCGUCCCCGAGUGUUUGUGGUCUGUAUAAAUACUUGCAUAAAUAAAUUUGUAUUGGGAACUGUUCAGGGGUUGAAGGUGUCAUGAGGCAGUUGGCCCAGCAAGGGGUGGCUGAGGCAGCACCCAGGGUCGCCUCAGUUCCUGGACCCCAGGCUGUCACCUGUUCUCCUCUCCAUCGCCUUUGGACUGUCCCAUCCAGCAGAAGAGAAGAGGAGUGGCAGGUGAUUUCUAGAGUGUGGCACUGUUACAACUACCGAUAAGGGCCAUCAAGGAGCAGAUAAGGAAUAUCCAGCUCUAGGAACCGGAAUAGCAGAGAUACCCUCUGGCCAGACUGAUAACAGAUCACUCCUUUUACUCUGGACCUUUCUCACAGCUGUACAAGGAGACAGUUGGUCUAGAGCAGAGUUUCUUUACCUGGGCCUGAGAGUGGAUAUCAGAAACUGACAAGCCCUUUGAAACUGUGUCAAAUCAACCAGGCCUGGUGCAAGUACAGUUUUCUGGGGACGGUUCAAUAACUUACAGAGGGACUUCCCUGGUGGUGCAGUUAAGAAUCCGCCUGCCAAUGCAGGGGACACGGGUUCGAGCCCUGGUCCGGGAAGAUCCCACAUGCCGCGGAGCAGCUAAGCCUGUGCACCACAAGUACUAAGCCUGCGCUCGACAGCCCGCGAGCCACAACUACUGAGCCCGAGUGCCACAACUACUGAAGCCCACGCACCUAGAGCCCAUGCUCCGCAACAAGAGAAGCCACCGCAAUGAGAAGCCCGCGCACCGCAACGAAGAGUAGCCCCCACUUGCCACAACUAGAGAAAGCUCGUGGGCAGCAACGAAGACCCAACGCAGCCAAAAAUAAAUAAAUAAAUACAUUUAUUUUAAAAAAUAAUAACUUCCAGAAAAGGCACUGGAGGUCUGUUCAGAGA